GAAAAAUAAAAAUAAAAAAUAAAUUGAAGCAACGAACCCUCGCGAGAAAUUUCUUCGUUCUUUUGAGAGGUUCCUAAACGGGGAAAAGGGGAAAUUUUGAUUUUGAGAGCAAAUUUUCCCGGAAAAUUUGAAGGAGAUGCGAUUCUGGCGGUGUGGAUGGCCGUCCGAUGAGAGAUCGGCGAAGGAGGAUCAUCACUGUUGAUGGGAUUUGUCGAGUUACAAAUGACUUGGCAGCCGAGUCUACUCAGUGAAAAACGAAAGAAAGGCCCUCCUUUAGGCUUAAGAAACCUCGGCAACUCGUGUUACCUCAACAGCGUUCUUCAGUGUCUCACCUACACUCCACCGCUCGCCAAUUUCUGCCUCCGCUCCCAACACUCCUCCUCCUGCGACGCCUCCGCCUCCAAAAAGCCCCGCGACUGCCCUUUCUGUAUCCUUGAAGCCUGGAUUACACGCUCCUUAACCCUCGAUCUCACCCUUGACGCGCCUUCCAAGAUCCAAAGCUGUAUCAAAAUAUUCGCCGAGCACUUCCGCUUCGGCCGACAAGAGGAUGCCCACGAGUUCUUGAGGUACGUCAUCGAUGCUUGCCAUAAUACCUGUCUUCGUUUGAAGAAAUUGCGGCGACAGGGAAGUGAAGGAGGAGGAGAAGCAGUGAAUGGCAAUACCGUAGUUAAGGAGAUCUUUGGGGGUGCUUUGCAAAGUCAGGUUAAGUGUUUGGGGUGUGGUGCGGAGUCAAAUAAAGUUGAUGAGAUUAUGGAUAUUAGUCUUGAUAUUUUGAACAGUGGUUCACUUAAAGAAGCUAUGCAUAAGUUUUUUCAGCCUGAGGUUUUGGAUGGAAAUAAUAAGUACAAGUGUGACAAUUGUAAGAAAUUGGUGGCGGCAAGGAAGCAGCUGUCCAUACGUCAAGCACCAAAUAUCCUUGUUAUUCAACUGAAGAGAUUUGAGGGAAUACUUGGUGCGAAGAUUGAUAGGCUCAUUACAUUUGAAGAAGUUUUGGUUCUUUCAAGCUUCAUGUCCAAAGCAAGCCAGGAUCCACAGCCAGUGUAUAACCUAUUUGGUACUAUUGUGCACUCAGGGUACUCACCUGAAUCUGGGCAUUACUAUGCAUAUAUUAAGGAUGCAAUGGGCAGGUGGUAUUGCUGCAAUGACUCCUUUGUCUCAGUUUCAAACCUGCAGGAGGUCUUGUCUGAGAAGGUUUAUAUUCUUUUCUUCUCUCGUACUAACCAGAGGCGAGGGUCUUUCGGUACCACAGUUUCUUCCAAUGGAGCUAAACCACGUGAUUCUAAUGGAAGUGAGGCUCCCAAAAUAUUGAAAGCGGUUCAAUUGAAACCAGUCCAAACAAAACUUUGUGUUGAACAAUCUUCACAGAAGGAUAAGGUUGGAAAACCAUCUUCUAACUCACGUGUGAAAUUCAGUAUUUCUGAAAAGUCUGGUCUCAGAAAGCUUCCUGUUACGAGUAACGGAAAAGUUGGCUUACAUAAGACUCAGAACAUUGCUGUGAAUGGAGUUUCAAUGGAUUCAAUUCAAACGAAGAAGAAUGAGAGAGACACUUCAUCAUUGAUGAACAGGAAUGGUACAGACAAAACUAGAAAAGUUGAUGCUGUUGUUAGUGAAAAUGGCCCACAAGUUGCGUUGUCAAAUGGAAAUAAAUUAGAUUCUUUUGUAGUUAACGGUACCAGGAGCAUGGCAGUCGGAGAGCAGAUUGAUACUGCUCUUAAUGAUGCCUGUGAUAACUCAGGGCAAAAGAAAAAUUCAGAAUGUUCUUUUGCUAUUUCAGGAGCAAAGAGGAAAAUAGAAGAUUCCUAUGAUAUUUCUGGGGCAAAGCGAAAACCAGAAGAUUCUUGUGAUGUCUCAGGGGCAAAGAGAAAAUAUGGAGAUUCCUCUAAUUCCUCAGGACCAAAGAGAAAAUCUGAAGAUUCCUGUAAUUUAUCAGGGCCAAAGAGAAAAUCAGAGGACUCUUCUGAUAACUCAGUUCCAACAACAAAAUUAAAGGACUCUUUUAACUCAGGGGGCAAUGGAAAAUUUAGAGACUCCUGUGAUGUCUCAGGGCUAAAGAAAACAGAAAACUCUGGUGAUUUCUCCAUGCCAGUGGGAAAAUCCUGUAUAUUGCUUUCCCAGGAUGAUCAAUCUCGUGCAGAAGUUGAAAAUAUGAAGGAAAUGCUGAAAAACAAAGCUUCUUCAGUUUUGCGAUCAUCUGGCUGGUAUGUUGAUGUUUACAAUUUCAUGUAUUCGAGGAAGCAGUCAUAUGCACUGGAGACUGGAAGCACUCUGAGUGACAAUGAUUUAGAGAAGAAGCUGAUUGCAGAUGCGAAGCCAACCUUUAUUCCACAAAUACCUGAGUCACUGAAAGAGGAAUUAAUUAAACGUCUCCAGUCUUUCAGCCAAACGAAACAAGAAUCUCCGGAUCCUUGAUCGGCAUCGCUGGUAUUGAAACAAUUAACUUCUCAAUUUGCCGUUCCGAAUUUUGGUAAUUAUGGAGACAAACUUCUUGGCUGUAUAAUCUGUACUAAUAAUCAGUAUUGUAGCGAAAGACCAUUAUCAGGCGUAUGUCAGUCCUCUCUAGCAACUUCCAGCAAUAUUACCGGAAAUUUGCCUGUCGUGUUUUUCGAUGCCCUAUGAGUGAUUUUGCAAUGAAAGCGCGGAGUUCAGAUAUUGUUGAGAGAUUCGAUCUUUGAGGGUUCGAAGUAAUUUUUUUUUUUUAAUUUUCCGGUAAAGAAGUAAGGAUCUUAAUUCAUUUUGUAAGAUAUGCAUUUUUGGGUGAAGUGAUUUAGCAUAAAAAUCCUCAUUUUUUGUUUCUUAUUAUGGAUGCAUAACAGAGUUGUUUCUCCCAUAAAAAACCCGGUGUAAUGAAGUGUACGAGUGAGUUAAAAUCCUUUGGUUAUUGAUGUUUCUUUCUUUUA